AUGGCUUUUGUUAAAGUUGUUAAAAAUAAAGCAUACUUUAAAAGAUAUCAAGUUAAAUCUAAACGUCGUCGACAGGGUAAAACUGACUUUUAUGCUCGUCAUGCACUUAUUCACCAAGAUAAAAAUAAAUAUAAUACACCAAAAUAUCGUCUCAUUGUGCGUAUAACGAACAAGGAUAUUGUUUGCCAAAUUGCCUAUGCACGUAUAGAAGGCGACUAUAUCAUAGCAUCAGCAUAUGCACAUGAACUACCACGAUAUGGUAUUAAACUUGGUUUAACAAAUUACGCUGCUGCCUAUUGUACCGGGUUACUUCUAGCUCGACGUACAUUACAAAAACAUAAACUAGAUAGCAUAUAUAAAGGUACAACUGAUGUAACCGGUGGUCAAUUUGAAAAUGAAGCAGUCGAAGGUGAAAAACGCCCAUUUCGCUGUUAUCUUGAUGUUGGUCUAGCACGUACAACAACUGGUGCUAAAGUUUUCGGCGCUUUGAAAGGUGCUGUCGAUGGUGGAUUAGAUAUUCCGCAUAGUACUCGCCGUUUUCCAGGUUAUAGUCAAGAGAGCAAAAAAUUCAAUGCCGAUGUUCAUCGUCAACAUAUUUUUGGUUUACAUGUUGCUAAUUAUAUGACAGCACUUAAAGAAGAAAAUCCAGAUCUUUAUGCUAAACAAUUUUCACGUUUUGUUAAAGCUGGUAUUGAGCCAACUUCGUUUGAAGCUCUAUACAAAGCUGCACAUGCCGCUAUUCGUGCUGAUCCAUCACUAUCGCCGAAGAAAACUGAUGCACCUAAACCAAAACGAUGGAAUAAAGUUAAACUUGCUCGAUCAUCACGCAAGAAUCGUGUACAACAACGAAAGACAGCUUUUCUUAAAACCAUUCAAGCUGGUGAUGCUGAAUAG